AUGUCGUAUUUUGAAAAAAAACGAAAAUAUACAGAAAUUUAUAGUAAAACUGAACAUUUACGAGGAUAUUUAGAAGAAAAAACUCGCAAUCAAGCGACUAAUUUGUAUCAAUUUCUUAAACCAUCACAACGGUAUGCUGUUCAAAUGGAACAAUUUCGUUCUCAAAUGAAUCUCAAUUAUCAACCACCAUUACCACGACCACCACCACAUGCAUCCUGGUGA